UCUAUUGUGCGUGGCUAAUGGCUACAGUAUUAGACUGAGCACAAUCUGUGAUGCCACAAUACGUUUUUAAAAAGUAAACAGUCCUUAAAAAAAUAAUUGCUAUGUUUUUCCCCUGAAUUGACUAAAGUUGAGGGCUAAAACUGUCAAUAGUUUAAUUGAAUGUGGCAUCUUUAAAGAGGACAGAGUGUCUUAUGCUGGCUUAGCUAACAGAACAUGUAUCUGUUAUACACUAUAAUAUCCGCACUUUUGUGCUUUUUGACAUUGAAAUGGAUGAAACGGAGGAGGUAUUGCAUGGACGUUAAGAGGUUAGAUGGAAAAACGGUUCUUAUAACAGGAGGAAACUCUGGUAUUGGGAAGGAGACGGCUGUGGCACUGGCUUUGCGAGGUGCUCGUGUGAUCAUCGCCUGCAGGGAUGAGGAGAAAGCGAGAAAGGCUGUUAAGGAGAUCAAAGCCAGGAGCCACAGUAUAAAUGUGCUACAUAUGGAGGUCGACCUGGCCAACAUGAGGUCAAUACGAGAGUUCUGCAAAACCUUCUUACAAAAGGAAAAGCGGCUGGAUAUUUUGAUCAAUAAUGCAGGUAUGCCCAGCGUUCUCGACUGGACCGAUGACAAUUUCUCCAUGUGCUUUGGCGUGAACCACCUGGGCCACUUCUUACUGACGAACCUUCUUCUGCUGCGGCUGAAAGAGAGCUCCCCAAGCAGGGUGAUCAAUCUCACCUGCUCCAGCUACAAGUACCAGAAGCUGGACUUCAAAGAUCUCAACUACAACCUGUUCCCGUUCUUCACUUACUGUCGCAGCAAGCUGGCCAACAUUUACUUCACACAGGAGCUAGCUCACUUGAUGGAGGGGAAAGGAGUGACUGCAUAUGCCGUUCACCCUGGUUACGUUCAGAGUAGCUGGACCUGUCAUUACUCAUUUCUGUACCGGAUCCUUGCACAGGUGGUGAUGUUCAUGUUUUUCAUUUCGUGUGAGGCUGGGGCGCAGACGGUGGUCUAUUGUGCCGUAUCAGAUGAGGUGCUCCCGCACAGCGGAGGAUAUUUCACUGACUGUCAGCCGGCUUCUCUGCGAGCCUUUGCUAGAGAUUCUGGAGUAGCAAAAAAACUGUGGGAGGCCAGUGAGAGACUAGUUAAGCUGGCCUGAUUAUGAUAUAUAUAGAUAAGGUAUAGAAUGUCUUUUUUUGUUGUUGUUUUCAUGUUUGAUAAGCAGACUGAUUCUUAUGUUAUUUAUGGAACACAAUGUUGUAAGAAUAUGAUUUUUAUGAGAGAAUGGUUUGAGAUUUGACUGCGUGUUUAGAAAGUUUUUUUUUUUUUUACUGCAUAAUUUAUUUGGUUGCGACUGAUGUGGUUAUGCAACACGCAGUAUUAAAUGGACUUCACAUUUCUGGGUUCUCAGAAACAGAAGUCGUCACAGUCGGGUAAACUUCUAUAGUGGUGAAUGAUGACGACAGCAAAUAUAAAUUUCAUAUUUCCAAAAUAUCUCCAACAGCAAAAGUAAAAACCCAUGAUAGCAUUUCCACGACUUUCCAACAGAGAGAAAUCUGGGAAAAGGGUUUAUUAACUGCUUUAAUUAGCGAAGACAGCAAAUAGGUCACCACAAAUCCCAUUUAAGAAGAUGGAGGUUCGCCAUUUAUAAAUGCAAACAAAUGAAAGCCUGAAAGCACACAAAUCUAGCAGAACCACUAAUGUUACAUUAAUGCAUUUGGUAGACACUUUUAUCCAACGCAAUUUACAUUUGCUUUUGCAUUCAUACAUUUUAUCACUUCAUGUCAAAGGUGAAAUUUUGAAACUUAAAAAGAAAAACAUGCUCAUUUUUUUCCCAGGGAAGACUUUUUAAUUAAAAUGUGUACUAACGCCAACUGAAAAUAAAGGUAAAAAAGUGAAUUAAAAUGCAGAUUUCUAUUUGCAUCACAGUUUACUUCGUAGUUUACAAAUGUCUUAAAAAAUCCUCAAUGGCCAGACUGAUGCUAUCAUGCUUGCUGGUAUGUUGACUUCUACUCAAACACACUUACUUUUUCCAGGCCUGGAAAUGACGGUUUUAAAACUCCAUGAUAUACAGUAGAGUGCAAGAGUCGGGUUCUGGAAAUAAAUAUAUCAUUCAUUUUCUUAAUAGGGGAACUGAUUUUUAAUACCCUAAAAUAGACCUACUGUGGUCUACAAGGUUGUUCAUUUAUGGUAUAUGUAUUUGUUCAAGCCAUUAGCCUACAUUAUUUCAACUCAUUUUUAAAUAGUCAUGUUUAACAGUGGAAUUCCUGUUGAAAAACUACAUUUCCCAUGAUUCUUCAAAGGACUCUCACAAAAGAACUCCCACACUCUCCCAUGAAGCAGAGUCAAUCCCCCUAUGCUCUCAAACUAUUUAAAUAUUUGUAUACGUGUCAUUCUAUAAUUUAGGGUACAUUUCACAUCAGCAAACAAGUGUAAAAACAAAAUGGUUUCUCAAUAAGACAACUAUUGGUUUCAGUUUAUAUAUCUUAUAAGUGUAACUUAUAUGCUAGUUGCAAAGCUUAAUCAUUAAACACCAUUUUGAUAUUACAAAUAAAUAAAUGUUUUCCCUGGAUAAACUGUAUUCCAGUCAUACACUGAUUAAAGCUGCAAUAUGUAAAAUGUUUUGCAGUAAAAUAUCCAAAAACCACUAUGCCAGUGUUAUAUAUUUUGUUCAGUUGAGUACUUACAAUAUCCCAAAUGUUUCCAACUAUUUGUAAAUCGUGAGAAAAUUGCUAUUAUAACCAAGGCUCCGGGACGUGUGAGGAGUCACCUGUCAUUUGCGUUAUACCCGCGUUACCCUCGGUUUCCGUUUUAUUUUGUAGAAACCAUGGAAACAACAAAGACGCUUUAAUAUAUUACAUGUUUUAAUAGACAAGGGAACAACUGUUUGCUUACAUUUAUAGACAGAAAACUAUUGUUAUAUAGCUCAACAGGUUUAGUCUUAUUGUUUAAAUCUAAUUUUCUUGAUUUUUUGUGAGUACCAUGUUUUACCAUGCCUCAGAGAAAAACACUAUUUUGUGAAGUAGCUAACAAAGCAUAAUCAGAUGCAGCUUUAUUUUUAGUAACAGUAAUACAGAAUUUUCUCCACGUUUUAAAAUUAAUUGCAUGCCAUUUAUCAACACAAGCCAUCCAGUAUUUAUGAUUAUCUAAAAUCGAUCUAGCUUACUGCAGUGUGUCUCAAACAAGUGUCUCGCAGCAGGCACAGAGUAACGUUAUAACAUAAUUUUCAACACAUUAAAAUGUAUCUAAUAUGAUAAACAGUGCUGGUACCUCAUUCACUUGACCGGAAAGCGGAAGCACCGCCGGCGACUGUGGCAUAAUAAAAGUUCCGCUGCUCGUGAGGCGUGUGUUGCGCAAUCGCUCCAGCGGCCUCAUUCAGCUCCCACAACAUCCGGUCCUGCUCUGCUUCAUAUUAUAAUAACGUUAAUAAUCGCAUCCAUGAACAUGAUUUCUGCUCGAGUCCUAUCCCGAUUUAUUUCCACCGGCUGUGAGGUGAAGACCACAUGUCCCAAGAUUCCGGGCUCAAACUUCGCGUCAUCAAGCUACGCCUGUGUUUAGCACCUUAAGUGCUACAUUUUAGGUGACUCAAAUAUUUUUUGGUCUAUUCUGCCAUACAGUGACUAUUUUACAUUUUUAUUUUUUUGCAGAUAUUUGUGUAAAAUUCUAAGCAUUGUCACUAAGGACAAGAACAUUUUUUUAUUAUUUUUUUAUCAUACAUCUACUUUAAAGACUAUUUUGAUAGUUUUAAGAAUGUCAUGCAAAACUCCAGUCUUGUGGAUGUAAACUAUACCCUGAAAUAAUAUCAAAAGCAGCAGUCUAGAUAUUUAAAAUGUAAAGCAUCAGUCAAAACAUAGUUGACAAUGACAGUAACAUGGUUGACAGGUAAUAGUUAAUUUCACCAUUUUGCCUCUUAAUUUCAAUGGCAGGUCUUGUCUGGCUAACCAAAUGUUAUUUUCUUGAACAGGUUAACCUCACAUUUAAAUGUUUAUUUGAAAUAAAGUCAUAAAAAUAUUGCAAAUCAUAACAAUGUACCCAAUAUUGUUGAUGGGCAGUUAAUAUACUCCUUGACAAUAGGUCACUGGGGAUCAACUAUAGAAAAAAAAAUAUAUAUAUAUAUUUACCAUGUGUUCAAAAUAUCAAAUAACAUCACAUGGUUUUGGGAUAAACCAUUUUUUUUUGGUUUUUAUAGGGUGUUUGGUUGACAGAAGUUUUCCAGAAAUUAAUAAAAAAUAAAAUAUUUUCUAAUUGAAAAUAUUGUAUAUAAUAAUAAUAAUGUAAUGAAAAUUACAUUUAAACAAUCUAUUCUAUGGUAUUUAAAUUGUAGAAAUAAAUUUAGUGUAGAUAAUCUUGACUUUUAACAUUUUUUUUUUUUUAACUCAUGACCCACUCCAAAAAGCAAACAUUGCAAAAACUGUAAUUUAAGCAAAAUUUCAAGCAAACUGAAAAUCAGGGUGUAUAAAAUAUUGGUGAGAUUAUUGUAUGCAUCUUCUUAAUGGACAAAAUAUAUUUCUGAAGAAAAAAAAUGUACUCUAAAUUACAAACAAUGACCAUAUUGUUUCUCUAUAUUUAUAAAAUCUUUUUAAGUCUUUAAAUCAAAUCAUAGUUUUAUUUUCUCCAUCAUUUGAUUGUCAUUCACAAUGCUUCAUGGGAUUGUAGUUCUUUUUCUCAUUAAAGCCAUUAAGUACAGUCUUUGUCUUUUUGUCAGAUUUUCAAAUACUUUUUUGCUGAUAGUUUACAGUAUAAUGUGAUUCAUUUUGUAAAUGGAGAGUUUGGUUUCAAAUACUUUUUUUUUUUUUUGCUUGAUUAAAGAAACAUGCACAUGAUUCUUCAGUAUUUAAAUCAUCUCAUUUAUUUAUAUCUUUUGAACACGUUUGCUUAAGUCAGGGAAUACACAGAGCAUGUUUGAGAACAGAGCAAUAACAAGAGUAAGAAUCAUCAGAAAUCAAAGAGAACAUUAUCUUAUACAGAAAAAACAAAACUAACAGAGGGCUACUGUGAGAAAACUCAACUUCAGAGAAACUAUCCAGUACUGUUUCCAAUCAUAGAAAUGAUAUGACAAGUGGAAUGGAAACAGUCCUGUGCUUAAAGACGAACUGUGUUGUUGGUGCAGGUGGAAAUACUCUGGAUCUCUGUUAUCUACUGAGCUGUAUUGUUAAGUUAGUCAUAAAAGACUGAUAAAAGUCAAAAACAAUCCACUAUUUGAUUGGCCAUUCAGGUUUGGUGAGCAUCCGCAAAGCACAAACAGCAGAACUAAGUCAAUGCUGAUACAAAUUUAGCUUAAAGUGAUCUUGUAAAACCCAUGCAUAUUUAGCUAAUAUUACAAGUGCUUCUCUGAAGUCAAGCAGUCUCAUACUAAUGAGUAAUCUUAUAGUCGUUAAUAGAAAUAUCAGUCACCCUGCAUUGACAACAAUGAGCUUAAUACAAAAGCAUGCCGUAGAAAUAUCACCAUUUCCAUAAUCUUAAUAUCAUCGACAUUUCGUAGCUAUAGUCUUCGUCAUUUACACUGCCAUUGUCAGCAUCAUUUUGGGACAAAAAUAUUAUAUAUAUAUAUAUGCACUUAACAAAGCUGGUAAAACAGAUAAGAGAAAGGUUUAGGUAAACCAGCAUUCAAUAGAAAAAAUGAAAUCAAAAAGAGAAAUAACACCAAACCUAGUGUUCAAGUGACUGUCAUGCAAAGAAAUUCCAGCUGAAAUGCAAGUAAACUGCAGUUUCAAUACUGUGUGUCCUGUUUUAAUAGUGAUGUGCACUUUCACUCGUUAACAUGUUUAUUUCGUUGCUAAACACAGAGAAUAGUACACUUUUUACAUGCUGUUUUAUGAUUAGUAUUUUUUUGUCAUUUUGUCUUUUUUAAGGGAGUGGACUGACGUGAAACUUAUAUAAACACAGGUGAAGUCUUGCAUGAGAUAAAGCAUCCAAGAAUGAGACGCAACUGUAACAGAAGCAGAACACCGGAGCACAAACACACGUACACGUGCCUCACAGGGGUCGCUUUGUUUGAAAGUAUUUUGACUGGAUUUUAAAAAUUUCUUGUUUUUAUCCUUGUGAAAGUCGCUUCAGACAAUUUCUUUCAAAAAAUAACAACAAAAAAAAAAGAUCAGUAGUCAUCAUUGAUAUGACAUGUGGCUCAAAGAUAGUGAGUUUAAACAUGAAACAAAGUGUGCAACGCACACAAACUUAAGAAGCACGUAAAAAGUUGUGAUAAUAUGAUCAAAUAAAUAAAUACAACCUGAGGACACAAUAUAAGGUCAAUAAAAUAGUCACAUGACCAGGCAAUGAUAUCACGCUGACACGUCUGUUCACCAUGAUUACAAGCCUUCAAAAGUAGACUGAAACCAGCGUAAAGUUGCACAAGGUGUGACGUACACUUCAUAAACUAUUUCUUACCAUCUUCUGAAAUAUAAAACUAUUGCUGCUGAUUUCGACUACGAACCUUCACAUAAUUCUUCGAAAGGUCUUCAAACACCUUGCACUUUGCCCAUCCAAAGGGUAACACACUUUAAAAAGGGUAACAAAUUUUCACUCUCCUUAAAAGUCUUGCACACCGACGACAAAAUAUAUAUAAACUCUCAAAAAUAGAAUGAGUAAUAUAGAUAAUAGUCAACACCAUAUGUUGCGAAAAAAUAUAAAUGUUGAAAGAGCAAAAAAAAAAAAACUCAAAAGAGCAGAAGUAUGUAACUGUAUUCUAAAAAACUACCAAAAUCUUCAGCUUUUACCAAAUGAUUUGAACCAGCUGCUUUUUAAUGGCCUCCAAUAACUCUAUACCUACACUACUAGUGUAGAGAUACAAUAACCACUUUGCGAACAAACUCCUCUAAUGAUGUCAUUGGACGUCCAAAACUUUCCAUAGUCCUAAGAAAACACAUGAAUGAGGAGGUCAUCUGGUUUGCCUAUGACAUUGGCAUGUUCAGCUGAGGUAUGGCUUUUAUUCAGGUCGGUCCAACUGUACAGGUGGUUUUUAAUACCGCUGGUUCAGCUGAAGAAAUAAUGAAAAAAAAAAAAAAAAAUCUAAAAA